AUGGCAUCGGAGUCUGCUGCUCCUGCUGUCUCAACACCUCCAACCAUCGGCAGCACUCCAACCAAAAGGGACCACUACUGGCUUCGCUCCUUUAUAGCUGGAGGUGUGGCAGGAUGCUGUGCCAAGACGACUAUCGCUCCUCUGGACAGAGUCAAGAUUCUGCUUCAAGCACAGAAUCCUCACUACAAACACUUAGGCGUGUUUUCCACUCUCAAAGCCGUGCCCAAAAAAGAAGGGUUCCGUGGUUUGUAUAAGGGUAACGGGGCGAUGAUGGUGAGGAUAUUUCCUUACGGUGCGAUCCAGUUCAUGGCUUUUGACAAUUACAAAAAGUUGCUUAGUAAGCAACUUGGGAUCUCCGGACAUAUUCACCGCCUUAUGGCCGGAUCCAUGGCAGGUAUGACGGCGGUGAUAUGUACAUAUCCAUUGGACGUGGUUCGAGCCAGACUGGCUUUUCAGGUGACCGGGGAGCAUCGCUACACCGGAAUUGGCAACGCUUUUCAGACGAUUUAUUUGCAGGAAGGUGGAUUCUUUGGCUUCUACCGGGGGCUUACACCGACCCUUAUUGGAAUGGCUCCUUAUGCAGGUUUUUCCUUCUUCACCUUCGGCACUCUGAAAAGUCUCGGCUUAAAACACUUCCCCGAAAGACUGGGCCGACCGUCCUCGGACAACCCCGAGGUCCUGGUUCUCAAGACCAAAGUCAACCUUUUGUGCGGCGGCGUUGCCGGCGCCAUAGCUCAAACAAUAUCCUAUCCUUUAGACGUAGCUCGGCGAAGGAUGCAGCUAGGAUCUGUACUUCCUGACUCGCACAAGUGUGUCUCCCUGAGCAAAACACUGUCCUACGUCUACAAGGAGUACGGCAUCAAGAACGGCUUAUACCGAGGUCUCUCCCUCAACUACAUCCGAUGCGUGCCGUCUCAAGCCGUGGCCUUCACAACCUAUGAGUUCAUGAAGCAACUACUCCACCUAAACUAG